AUGUACUCUUCAUAUUCUCUAUCCGAACGCCUGGUUUUGGUCCAGUUCUUGGCUAUACAACUCCUCCUCAUACGCAGCGUUUCAUCCCUGAACCUUACCAAUGCGUAUUUGCACCACAAAUGCCUUCUCAAUCAAGGGAACUAUAAGCCUGGAAGCGAGUACGAAAAAAACCUCAACAUUCUCAUCAAACGCAUCUCUCAGGAAAAUUUUAAUGGCGGUUUUGAACGCAUAGCUUUGGGUGAAGGCCCCAGUCGCGUCGCCAUCAUAUUCGGGUGUCGCGGCGACUCCUACGGCUCCCUCUGCUUUCCUUGUUAUUCCGCCGCUGUUGCUGGGGUAAUGUCACUUCAACAUUAUUAA